CGCAUUGGAGCACCGGCGGAGGGAUCGCUGCUUGAUAGUACACCAAGAGGGAACUACUGUGUAGCUCUUUGAAAAUGUUUCAGUAGAAAUUGUGCAGAGCUUGUGACAAGUCGCUCCGGCUUAGAAUAUCUUAAAAUAUACAAUGGCGGAUCAGUUGACCGAGGAACAAAUCGCCGAGUUCAAGGAGGCGUUCUCCCUAUUCGACAAGGACGGCGAUGGCACCAUCACCACCAAGGAGUUGGGCACAGUCAUGAGGUCGCUCGGUCAGAACCCCACCGAGGCCGAGUUGCAGGACAUGAUCAACGAGGUCGACGCUGACGGUAACGGCACAAUUGACUUCCCCGAGUUCCUCACAAUGAUGGCCCGCAAGAUGAAAGACACAGACUCAGAGGAGGAAAUCAGAGAAGCCUUCCGUGUCUUCGACAAGGACGGCAACGGCUUCAUUUCGGCCGCUGAGCUCAGGCAUGUGAUGACAAACCUAGGUGAGAAGUUAACAGACGAGGAGGUGGACGAAAUGAUCAGGGAGGCUGACAUUGACGGCGACGGACAAGUCAACUAUGAAGAAUUUGUCACAAUGAUGACUUCAAAGUGAACACCUAAUUCCUAAUGAAUCAAAACUAAUUGUAUGCAAGAAGAAGCUUAAAUGAUUGGUCAGAACAGAAUUUUGACAAAUUCUCCUUCACGUACACGGGGGAUCUUACCGUACAUAACAAAACAACACCGAAAUAUAAAAGUGCUUAUUUCUUUCAUCUAAAAUGCAUCAAACAAGAAAUCACAAGACAAAACCCCCUCUUUGAAAUAUAAUAUACUGAUAUGAACUUUUUGUAUAAAAUACGUGUCUCUGUGUAUAUUAAAUGUUUUAUUAUAAAUGAAAAAAGCUAUACUUUAAGUUGUUCUCUCCUUAUUCUUCUACUGUGUGUAGAUUCGAUUGAUUCACAUUGUGUAUAAAUACAUUGAUAAAAGAGAACUUUGGAUUUUGUUACGAAGUGACUUGUUAUGCGCGGACUACUUGUACAUCACUUUUAUGAGCAAGUCUGUGUAAUUUUUAAUUGCGAAAGUCAGUAUUAUAUACUUGGACAUAAUAACUUUAUUAUAGUCAAGAAAAUUUGGUUGUUUGGUUGAUUGCUUCUGUUUGUUGAUGAACUUGGAACAAGUAAUAAUUAUUGUUUGUUCACACUUCUCGAGGUAGUAGCAUGUUUAAAAGAUUGAUUACAACGGCAAAUACGAUACAAUGCAAACAUAUAAUUUCAAAUUUCCCAAUGCAUCAUCAAACACAAUAAAUUAAAAAAAGUUACAGAUGAAAAUGAGCGAAACAACAUCCCAACAAAUGCUUUGCCCUUAAUCACUCUAUUAUACUUUGAUUGUGUGAUUGUGAAAUGUAUUUUGCAAUCGCGGACACCCUCUUCAUUUUUUCGAUAAAUUAAUUAAAUUGAUCUUGCGAAGUUUACAGAAAAAAUGUGUAUAUCAAACAAGCAUAUUGUGACUACGUGUAAGACGAAAGGUAACUUUUUCAAUGCAUUUUUCAUCAUUGAUCGCAAUCCAAUGGAAGUAAAUUUGUAGUCUUAAAAAUUAAGAGGGAAAACAAUGAUAACCUAAAUCAUAGGAUGCCUAUAAAUAUAAAAACAAAAAACAUUUUUUCCAAUUUAAAAAAGGAUACAUUAAGAAACCUCCAAUUAAUUAACAUUCCACUGUGCUAUACUUUCAGCACAUUUUUAUUUCCUUUGCUGUUUGUGUGAUUCUUCAAAAUUCAAAGAAAAACCAAUCAACUUUGUAUUUGCACAAUGCAAAGGAGACAAUUGAUUUUUACUCUGUACUUUAAAUGAAGCAUUCAAUGAUGAUGACAUAAAAAAUAUUGUUCGAUUGCGUCUUGUUACUUCAUUAUGUACGAUCAUUCUUGUAUGCUGUUCUUGAAUAAAACAAAACUGUUGAAAACUC